AUGAGACUGGAAAGCCUGCAAUCUCUGACUAUGGCUCGCUGCCCGGGUGUGUUUUAGCGACUCACUGGUCCAGAAUAAAGACCCAGAAGAGAGCUAAGCCUGUGUUCUAAUCUAUUGCUUUGCACAUGCGGUCAAAACUCAUCAUGAAGUCCCAGUGGACAUUUUUGCUCCUGCAUUCUUGUUUAUUGCUGGCCAUUGGCUUAGAUUUGGAAGUUAAAUAUCAUCCAGAAACUGAUGCAGUCAACUACAGGGAUCCGUGCAAGGCAGUGGCAUUUGUAGGAGACAUCGCUCUGGACAAGGAUGACUUGCGCUUCUUCAGACGAGAACGGACCGGGAAGGACCUUCAACACACCACCUCACAGUCUAAUAACACUAUCACAGCCAACAGAAAUGGAGAAACGGAUGCCGCAUCCAAUAGGAGUCGACUGAGCAUUUCUCGUAGGAAGAGAGCUGCGACUGCGAAGACUGAGAGAAUUUGGCCUGAUGGAGUCAUUCCUUACAUCAUCAGCGCCAAUUUCAGCGGCAGUCAGAGAGUAAUCUUUAAACAGGCCAUGAGGCACUGGGAGAGACACGUCUGUGUAACCUUUGUAGAAAGAACGGCUGAGGAGAGCUACAUCAUCUUCACAUACCGGCCAUGUGGAUGUUGUUCUUAUGUGGGUCGGAGGGGUGAUGGACCCCAGGCUAUCUCCAUUGGCAAGAACUGCGAUAAAUUUGGCAUUGUGGUUCACGAGCUGGGUCACGUGAUUGGCUUCUGGCAUGAACACACACGACCCGACCGAGACACACAUGUCAGUAUUAUUAAAGAGAACAUACAGCCAGGCCAGGAGUAUAAUUUCCUAAAGAUGGAUCCGGAUGAGGUGAACUCAUUAGGAGAGAUGUACGAUUUUGACAGCAUCAUGCACUACUCCACAAACACGUUCUCCAGAAGCACCCUCCUUGAUACGAUUCUGCCUCGGUAUGAUGUGAAUGGAAUCAGACCCCCUAUUGGUCAGAGGAUGAGACUGAGCAAAGGGGACAUCACUCAAGCACGGAAGCUCUACAAGUGUCCUAAGUGUGGCGAGAGUCUGCAGGAUAGCGCUGGAAAUUUCUCUUCUCCUGGAUUCCCUAAUGGCUAUGCCGCUUACACACAUUGUGUGUGGAGCAUCUCUGUUACACCUGGAGAAAAGAUCAUCCUUAACUUCACCUCCAUGGAGCUCUACCAAAGUAAUCUUUGCUGGUAUGAUUAUGUUGAGGUGCGAGAUGGAUACUGGAGGAAAUCUCCUUUAAUAGGCCGUUUUUGUGGGGAUCAGGUCCCAGAGUCUCUCGUUUCCACCAACAGUCGUUUGUGGAUUGAGUUUCACAGCAGCAGUAACUGGGUCGGAAAAGGAUUCUCGGCCAUGUAUGAAGCAAUGUGUGGUGGGGAAAUGGAAACUGACAGUGGACAGAUUCAGUCACCUAACUACCCUGACGACUAUCAGCCCAGUAAAGUGUGUGUGUGGAAGGUGACAGUGACUGAAGGGUUUCACGUGGCACUUUGCUUCCAGGCAUUUGAGUUGGAGAGACAUAACAGGUGUGCGUACGAUUAUGUGGAGGUGCGUGAUGGUAGCUCGGAGAGUGACCCGCUCCUUGGACGAUUCUGUGGCAGCCAAAAUCCCCAAGACAUCAAAAGCAGCUCCAACCAACUCUGGAUGAAGUUUGUCUCAGAUGGUUCUGUUAAUAGAGGUGGAUUUGCUGCAAACUUCUUUAAAGAGGUGGAUGAAUGUUCCAGACCUGAUAAAGGUCAGUGUAUUCAGAGGUGUAUUAAUACGCUGGGUAGUUAUCGGUGUGCGUGUCACCCCGGAUACGAACUCGCCACGGACCGACGCAGCUGUGAGGCAGCUACAUGUGGAGGUUUCCUCACUGCGUUAAAUGGCUCUGUGUUCAGUCCCGGCUGGCCUCAUGAAUACCCGCAUAAUAAACACUGUGUGUGGCAGCUCAUUGCUCCUGAACACUACACCAUCACACUGCUGUUCCACAGCUUCGACACAGAGGGCAACGACGUGUGUAAAUAUGAUUAUGUGGAGGUUCGCAGUGACUCCAGACUCCACGGGAGAUUCUGCGGAGCUGCAACUCCAGAGCCGAUCACCUCUGAUUCCAACAUCCUGCAUGUGGAGUUUAAAUCCGACAGCACCGUAUCCCGUAGGGGUUUCACAGCGACUUUCUUCUCUGAUGUGGAUGAGUGCUCCAGGGCGAAUGGUGGGUGCCAGCACGAGUGUGUGAACACAUUUGGGAGUUACAGCUGUCAGUGCCACAGUGGAUUCAUCUUACACACCAAUAUGCAUGACUGCAAGGAAGCUGGUUGUGACCAUGUGAUCACCAGCAUGCCUGUAUCCAUUAUGAGCCCCAACUGGCCAGAUAAAUAUCCCAAUAAGAAGGUGUGCACUUGGGCCCUAACCACUACACCAGGCCACCGAAUCAAACUGGCCUUUAAUGAGAUCGACAUGGAGAGCCAUCUUGAAUGUUCCUAUGAUCAUCUGGAUGUUUAUAAUGGCCCCAACGAUGCAUCGCCCAGUUUGGGACGUUUUUGUGGAAGCAAAAAACCACCACCUGUUAUUUCCAGCACCAACAAGAUGUUUCUACAAUUUUUCUCUGAUAAUUCAGUGCAGAAACGAGGCUUUGAGGCAUCUUUUACAACAGAAUGUGGUGGAUGUCUGAAAGCUGAGGCGGAGCCUGGAGAUCUGUACUCUCAUGCUCAGUUUGGUGAUAAUAACUACAGUACAGCUGAGGAGUGUGAGUGGGUGAUAGCAGCUGAGAAAGGAUUCGGAGUUAAGCUCAUCUUUAACAUCUUCGAUUUGGAGGAUGAGGCAGAGUGCAAGUACGAUUACAUGGAGAUAUUUGAUGGAACUGACACUAAAGCACCACGCCUUGGGCGAUACUGUGGAUCCGGGCCUCCAGAUGAAACUUACUCAGCCGGGGAUGCCAUUGUCAUCAAAUUCCACACAGAUGAUACAAUCAGUAAAAAAGGAUUUCACAUCCAGUACACCAGCACCAAAUUCCAUGACACACUUCACACCAGUAAAUGACUCGUGGUAGUGUUCUGGAGAUCUGUUUUCUCAGUGGAAAUCUUCCUUCAGACAUUACCAAGUGACUCAAAUCUGAAUCAGAAUGUUUUAUUUGCCAAGAAGAAGGUGUAAAAGAAGACUUUUUUGUGUGUGUGUGUGUGUAAAGGUAUCAACAAGCAUCUUGAUCUCACUAAAUUAGAAUGUGUCACAAAAGGUUUGGCUAAACAUGAAGUACCUCAAUCAUCAGGACAUGUAACAAGCUAACAAAUGAAGAAAGAAAGCUUAUGGUCUCCAAACUGCAUACUGGAACACUUUUUUAUUACACACUUGCGUCGUCAAACUGCUGUGUUAUAUUGUUCAGUGUCUCAAACAGACUUUCUGACACUGUGUGACCCAAUGUUAUCUAUAGAUAGAGAUAGUAGAUAGUUCUUCCUCAGCACAUAGUUUAGUAUUAUUCAACACCAGUAUCAGACUCAGGUAGCAGACAGAUGCUAAUAUAUGGUGUUUUGAUCAUAUACUUUGUGUAUUAAAAUCACACUUGAUGAAUUAAUGAAGUCCUUGUGCUGUUGGACAGUUAUGUCUUUUUGAGCCAGACAGUGUCACAUGAUGAUUUAUUCAUGCAGAUGACAUGCUGCUAAACUGGAUGCUAUAAGCUUUCCUUGCUUGUUAGCUGUAUUAGCCUUGUAGCUCCAGUGCAAACGUAAAAAAAGCUCAUUUCAGUCAUCAGACAUGUCUUGGUUAAUCAAUAACAUUUAGGGUAAAUGUAAAGCCUCUUUUGCCCCAGUACUUAUUUUAUCCAUUUAUUUAUGUACCCACUGGCUCUCGUCGAGAGACCUAAAGGAAAGUUUUAUCACUAAAAUGGAAAAAUGGUUGGAACUGCAGUGAUUUCAAAGGAUUAAUAAACAUUUUUCAACAUGAGAUCUGUCUUUCUUAUUUCUUCUUAUUCAUUUAUCCUGUAAGAAU